AUGUACAACUUCAAGUCGGAGGCGAAUCGGUCCGAGGCGAUGCAGUCCGAAAGGACGGUGCAGAAGACUCUCCAGGACGGUCCAGAGGCCGGGGCAUCCGGCAAGCGAAGCUCCAUUUCGCGGAAGUCCUUCAAUGCCUUGCAGUACUUGGCGGCGGGGUCCCAAGGGACCCAUGCCAGCCUCGACACGCUGAUGAGCCCAAGUUAUGCUUCGACCAGCGAGGGCGACGCCAUGCUAAGCCAAAGGCAGCAGAUGAUGGCCGACCUCAAAGCCUGCUGCAACGGGAAGCCUUUUGGCAAAAGUGCCAAGGCGCCACCGGCAUACCUCUUCAAAUGGCAGAAGUGGCUCUGGCCGUUCGUGAAGUCUGUCGCGUUUGAAGCGUUCUUCGGCUGCGUCAUCGUCACGAACUCCGUGUUCAUUGCAGCACAGAUUCAGCUGGCAUCUGACAAUCCAGGUGCUUCGCCAGAUGAGGCCGUCUUCAUAAUCGCCUCCAUCUACACGCUUCUCUUCACUGUGGAGUUGACGAUGCGCUUUCUGGCAGGGGGCCCCCGGAUCCUCGUUGAGGACGAGUGGGCUUGGCUCCUCCUCGAUGUGGUGGUCGUAGCCUCCAGCCUCAUGGAGUUCAUCCUGGAGAUGAUGCUUCGGGCGGAGGCGGGCAGCGAGCCACAGCAGGCCAACGUGAGCACGUCCAUGCGCUUGGUCAGAGUCCUGCGAGUGGCAAAGAUCACCAGGGCCAUUCGGAUCGUGCGCCUGGUGAAGUUCAUUCGCUCCCUGAAGACGUUGCUCUACUGCAUCGGUCGCACCUUACGAGCGAUGCUCUGGUCGGGAGUGCUGCUGAUUCUCAUCAUGUUCCUGUUCAGCCUGAUCUUUACAGACAUCGUCACCGAGCACAUGGGGGGCAUCCCAGCGGAAGACCGGCCGAACUCGUAUUUGGCCUUCCGCUUUGGCUCACUAGACCGCUCCAUGCACACGCUCUACGCCUCCAUCACAGGUGGCUUGACAUGGAGUGAGGCCACCGAUGCACUCGCAGAGGUCGAUGGCGUCUGGCGACUUCUCUUCGAGGCAUCGAGCGAGGGGGCCUGCGCAGCACUCACCCAGAGCGAUUUCAAGGUUCUGUCAGAGCGCCAUCGAGAGACUUUUGCAGGGUGCCAAGGGGAUCCCGGCAAAUUUUGA